AUGACUCUGGAACGCCUCUCGCUGAAAGUGUUCAGAAAAUGCGCCGUGUCAUGAUGAAUAUCGGAAGCUGAUUCGUUGCAGCGUCACAACAGCGGAACAAGAAGAGAAAUCAAACCAGUUGAGAGAAAAGCAAAGCUCUUCCCUGUCAUUAAAUGCUCAAAGCUCUUACCUUCUCCACGCUUUUCACAAACUAAAUAGUCUGUGUUGUUGCUAAAAUAGUCUGAAGUACGUCUGUUUUGUUUGUUUUGGUUCGUUUGGGCGCAUCACCUUUGGCUUCCAUACAAAACUCAAUGCUGCGACGUGAUUGGUCCACCUGCACGAUUCUCUUUACAGCGGAUGCACGCCAAGAUGGAUUCGCGUUUCGUCAGGCUUGGAUGGCUCUCGGAAACUUCCUGUUACCUUCAAAACUGACAACUGUUCCCUGUCGUAUCCGGUGGGUAAAUAUGUGAUUCAUGAGGUGAUGGACAUCUCCUUCUCUCAUCUCUCGUGUGAAGAUCAGGCUGCAGUCGUCGUCCACUGGAAUGCAAGCCCCCUCGGUAUUGAACAUGUGAAAGGGUUCAGGGUUUAUCUGGAAGACAAGAAUCCAGAGAGAAAACAGUGUCAACACCUGAUCCUCAAAGAGCCACGCCAACUCAACUACACCUACAAGACCACGAAGUUGAGCAGUCAGCCGUUCACAGGUCUCUCCUUCGACACAGACUACAUGAUCCGAGUCGUGCCUUUCCCCUCUCUCAUGAACGAGAGCUUCUUCCCUCCAUCGUUCCUAAGAACCAACUCCUGUGAGGUGCUGCUGGGAGCUGAGAGCCUCGUGUGUAAACCUUUUUGGAAGCCCAAGUCUUUAAACGUGUCUCAGUUUGGCUCUAACCUCCAUGUGACCUUUGACCCUGCCCCCUCGACCUUUCACCUCAGCGUGUACUACCUUUACUACAAACUCAGACAGGACGGACCCUUCAAGACGCAGCGCUGCAAACCCGAUCUGAACCAGCCCAGAACCACGUGCACCCUCUAUGACGUCACUCCAGGAACCUACAGCAUCGAGCUCAGAGACAACAGCAAUGCGACCAGGAGGCAGACACAGUUCCACGUCAGUCAAGUCCAUUCUCCGUGGGCCGGUCCGAUCAGAGCCAUGGCCAUCACAGUCCCUCUGGUGAUCCUCUCAGCCUUUGCCACCCUCUUCACCGUCAUGUGCCGCAAGAAACAGCAAGAGAACAUCUAUAGUCACCUGGACGAGGAGAGCAGUGAAUCGUCCAAUCAGAGUGCGGCGUUGAUCUCGGAGCGCCCUUGGCCCCGCCCCAAAGUGUUCCUGUGCUAUUCAAACAGGGACUGCCCCAAACACAACAGCGUGGUGCAAGCCUUUGCUUACUUCCUCCAAGACUUCUGCGGAUGUGAGGUGGUGUUGGACCUGUGGGAGCAUUUGGACAUGUGCAAAGAGGGACAGAUGUCGUGGUUGAGUCGACAGUUGGACGAAGCAGAUUUCAUCAUCACAAUCUGCUCCAAAGGACUUCGGUAUUUUGUUGAGAGGAAGAGUCGUCGUGGAAAGACCCCCGUCGGACGCCGCGGCAACAGUAGCCCCGCCCCCAAAGACAACAGGCCAAACGGCAGCGGUGAACGUCCAGCCUCCAAGGACAGCGGACCGAUCGGCGGCGGCGGCGGGGGUGACUUGUUCCUGGUUACCGUGGCGAUGAUCUCGGAGCAGCUGCGAUUGGCCAAACAGAGCGAGAAGGAGCUGAGCCGCUUCAUGGCCGUUUAUUUUGAUUAUUCCACCGAGAACGACAUCCCCACAGCGCUCAGCCUCGCUCCAAGGCUGAAGUUGAUGGACCAGUUGCCACAGCUCUUCUCUCGUCUGCACUCGUCUAACUCUUCUCUGUGGGACGGAGCGCCCCAUAAUGUCUCACGCAGGAACUACUUCAGGAGCAAAUCUGGCCGUUCCCUGUACGUCUCCAUCUGUAACAUGCACCAGUUCAUCUCACAGAGUCCUGACUGGUUCGACCAACAGCUGCACUUGCAAACAGGAAGUCCCGCCUCCAGCUCAGUUCCUGUUCCCUGCGAGGCCACGCCCACAGCGGCCCCACAGUCCAGUCUAGUCCUGAAUGAAGUCACCGUGAAGACGCUAGAAUCGGCGCCAAAGAAGAACCUGGUCUUGUUGGCACCAGGAUCUGAACCGGCCCCAGCGUUCAGUUCCAGUCUAAGUCCGAGUUAUAGUCCUGGUUACGAGUCGGGUCCACGAUGCUCUCCUCUCCCCAGAGCCUCCUCCAGGUGCAGCGCCCCUCUGCCUGCUCCCUCCCCCUCUGCUGUGUCCUCUGUAAAUGUCCCACAUGUGAAGACUCCGCACCCUGUGGAACAGCUCAAACCGAUUCAAGACCAGGACUCAGGCCCGGUCCAGGGUCUAGAUCAGGGACCGGAGCCUUCGCCCCCUGAACCUCCCCCGCGGGAUUCAGGGAUAUACGACUCCUCCGUGCCCUCCUCGGAGCUCUCCAUACCGCUCAUGGAUGGGCUGUCACAUGACCAUGUAGACUCGUCCUCGUUGGCUGACAGCGAGUCCUCUUCCUCUGGACUUGGUGAUGAGGAGCCUCCCACUGUUUCCUCUUUCCUCUGCAGCGCCACCACUGUGUGUAAGGCGGAACUGCACCGACAAGAGGCCCCCGUGAUGUCACUGUGAACGGCCAAUCGGAGCAAAGGACUCUAGUGACGUCAUCUGCCAAGCUUUUUAUGAAUGGACAAAAUGGAGUUACUGAACAUUUGUAACGACUUAUUUGAAGGACUCGAUUGGACAAAUUUGAGCCUCUUUUGUUUUAACAUAAAUAUUUACUGUUAAUAAUAUUACAUAGCACUUUGACGCAGAAAUGCAGGAAGCCACAAAGCGCAGCACAGACUGUUACAAGCGUCCAAUCAGGUCGCAGCAGCUUGAUCACAUGGUACUUAAUGGACUGGCUUUUGUGACUUUUUUUUUUUUUUUUUCACUUAUUUUUACAGCUCAAAAGCUUAAUGCAGUUACUCAUAGUUUGCAUUUUAACUUGUAAUAACUUUUCAAAUGUCUGAUGGAAAAUUUUUACUUCAGUACUUUAUGAAUCUUUUAUGAGUCUGGUCACUGUUAAAUCUCCCAGAGUUCAGAUGGGCGUGAUUGACAGGUGGAUUAGCCAAUCAGGGACAUGCACGGUUUGUCUGUAUUAAAACAAAUAUGGCCAUGGGAAGAAAAGUAAUAUCACGAGGAACUGAAUUUUUAUUUAAAAGUGUGGCUUUUUUUUUUUUUUUUUUUUACUAUUUUAACAGUAAAUGAAAAACUUUACUUCUGUAGAAAAUCAAAGUUACAUUUUACAAAUCUUCUGUAAACUAGUGGUACUUGUUUAACUAUUUCAGAAUUCAUCAAAGGGAAGUUCUUAUUGGACUUUUAUUCUGAAGGGACAACUUGGCGUUUCCUGU